CGCCUCAUAAAACCUGAAUCAGUUGCUCGGCUGUGUGCUUACGCGUCAGACUGGUUUGUUUUUCCUCGUUGCAAAUGGAAUACCUUAUUAAAAUAUGUGUCGUUUCAUUAUGUGUUUUGUAUCUUUCGCAUAAAUCCGGAGCAUAUAAACAAUGUAAGGUACCGAAUGGUGAUGCGGGAGCGUGUAUCCAGAUUGCAAAAUGCCAACCCCUACACGACCUAUAUCUGAAAAAGCCAAAAACCGAAAGAGAACAUUUAUUCAUUCAACAAUCUAUUUGUAGCAAGGAUAGCCCAAAAAUUAGGGUGUGCUGUCCAUCUGAAUCGGUAUGGUCAACUUUCAAACCGAAUCCAGUGAUAUUCCCUGAAUCUCCCUUUACAUCUAUACAUAAAGAGACACCAAAACCACCAACCAGACCGAAAAUCGAAGAGCCAUUACCUCUGCCAUUGACUUAUCUAAUCGAAUAUGGACCUAGGAAACUGGUCAAAGAUCAGCAUGUGACUUGUGGAGUUGAUUCAUCGAGUGCGAAUAAAAUUUCUGGAGGUGGUCCAACGAACAUAGACGAGUAUCCGUGGUUGGCUUUAUUGGAGUAUGCGGGAGGCGCCUUGGCUUGUGGCGGUAGCCUUAUUAGUGCAAGAUUUGUAUUAACAGCUGCGCAUUGUUUAGAAAGCUCGUCAGGUAGACCAGUAAAGGUGCGUCUCGCGGAGUACAAUAUAACAUCAUAUCCAACUGACGUUGUUGAAUUAGACGGGGGUGGUUUUGAUUAUAUUAAUGUUACAAUCAUCCCUAUUGAAACUGUAUACAAACAUCCGAACUUUAAUCGAGCGUUGCGAAUAAACGAUAUUGGUCUAAUCAAAAUGGUGUACAGCGCUACAUUUAGCGAUUUCAUAAAAACGAUCUGUCUACCUCCAGCAAACUAUAUGGAUGAGUUUAACAGAGGCACAAAUUUCACCGUUGCCGGCUGGGGAAAUGACAAUUUCAUAAGGAACGAAGUGAAGCUCCAAGUUACGAUACCGUUCAUGCCGACCGACGAAUGUGAAACUGUUCAAGGUCAAGAUAUACUAGACUCACAGAUUUGCGCUGGCGGCCAAGAGGGUAAAGAUUCUUGCAGGGGCGAUUCCGGUGGACCUUUGAUGUAUGAAAAGAAUCUAGUCUAUUACGCUGUAGGUGUCGUCAGUUACGGGAGAGAGAAAUGCGGGACAGCGGGAGUGCCGGCCGUGUACACUAACGUCUUCAAAUACGUUGAAUGGAUAAAGGGCGUGAUGGAUGGAUCUAUCCAGAAAUAGUUGGAUUAAGUUAAAUAGUUUAUCUUAAAUUGAACUAUAGCUCAGUACCAAAGUUUAUUAUUAUUAAAUAAUACAAUAUAUUGGAGAUUACCUGUAAAUAUCACUUAUUUAAUAAUUAUUAUAUGAUUAUUGAUAUUUUAAAUAUAAAAUUAUGAUUAAUUAAACUUUAUCAUUAAGGAUAC